AUGCACUUCCACUCCAUCCCCGCAACGGUCGAACUCAUCGACCACUAUCGACAAGGCGGGUACCACCCCGUGCACCUCGGCGACGAAUUCCACCACGGGCGAUACAAAGUCCUCGCGAAGCUUGGGCAUAAUGCAUCCUCGACUACCUGGUUAGCGAGGGAUAAUGAAGGACCCCAACCCGAAGUCUCCCUUAAAGUUCUCCAAGCUAGUGCCAGCAAAAAUAACCGCGAACUCGCCAUGCAUCAGCGCCUAGCGACGACUAGGACUGCCGACCAUCCGGGUAAGGGUAACAACCACGUCGUGGAACUGCUAGAUCACUUCUACCACGAGGGUCCGAACGGGAGACACCUCUGUCUUGUGUUUCCCGCUAUGGUAUCGGAUGUACGAGCCAUGGUGACGAGUGGUGCGCCAUUGAAUGCGAGGGAUCUGGGGAAUUUGGCGAGGCAGGUCUUGCGGGGUGUGCAGACUUUGCAUGCCGCGGGGAUUGGGUUUUGUGAUCUCCGGCCGGAGAAUAUCAUGGUUGCGUAUCCGGUGCCAACGUGUCGGUGGGAUUGUCUCCAACCUGCGCUUUGUAUGCCCGUGGAGUGGAGGGGGGGGUUGGAGAAGGAUGAGAGUGUCCCGAGGUAUUUGGUACAGUCGCAGCGGUAUCCGUGCAUGGUGGAGAGGGAGGAUUUUGAUCGGGUGGUGGUGGUGAUUGGGGAUUUGGAGGGUGCUCAAUGGAUUAAGAGCUGUGAUCGGAUGCCAGGGGUCGCGUUGUCGAUGCGCGCGCCGGAGGUGAUUGGUAAAGGACGGUGGGAUGAGAGGGCGGAUAUUUGGGGGUUGGGAUGUCUGAUUUAUGAACUGGCGACGAACGAGAUCCUAUUCCCCGUGAAAACGCGGGGAGUGUCAGAGGAGAAGGUUGAUGAAAACCAUCUGGGACUCAUUGAAUGGCGUCUUGGUGAGCAUGCUCCGCAGGGGUUUGCGGUGUAUCUUGGGGAACGGUUGCCGAGAGGUUCAUUUACAGUCAAGGAUGUGGAACGUUUGGCUGAGGUUCUGUUGCACAUGUUGCAGAUAGCACCGACAAACCGGUGGUCAGUGAAUGAGUUGCUCGAGACCCCAUUUAUUAAGGGUCGGUAUUAG